CCCACUUCUGUAGAUGCUCAUUUGCAUUACAGGGUUCUCUUGAGGAGUUCCCACCCCCACCCCCCCGAAAUUUACUCAAUCGGUGCUUCUGAUUUGUUCUUCUAUUAAAAACAAAUUGAAAAUGGUUUUAUCUAACCAGAACACUUCUGCUCAGAUUAAACCCACAAAUGCACAAGAGGCAGAAAUGAUGGGUGCAAGAAAAUUCAGAAUGGAGUCGAUACCUUAUAGAAAAGCUUUAAGUGUGCUGAAUCAGAAUUUAGUGGGAGCUAAUCCAUUUCCUUGUGUUGUUAACAAGAGAGUUUUAUCAGAGAAAAAUGCCUCACAAAUGGCACUCUCCCGGAGAACCUGUCCGGAGGACACGAAGAAACCAAAGACAUCGGUCGAGGAAUUCACGAUAUGGGAGGAUAUCCCUCUAUCAGAUGUAGAGGAUCAAUCUGUGUCCAUGUCUUUGGAACAAACAGAAACUGAAAUUACCAAAGAAGAUCAAAUGGAGGAAGUUGAAAUGAAGGACAUAUUUGAAGAGACCAUUAUGGAUAUUGACAGUUGUGAUGCAAAAAAUCCCUUCGCAGUUGUUGACUAUGUUGAAGAUCUAUAUGCCUACUACAGGAAAAUGGAGGAUUGUAGCUGCGUCUCGCCGGGCUAUAUGGCACAACAAUUUGACAUAAAUGAGAGGAUGAGGGCUAUUCUAAUUGACUGGCUUAUUGAGGUACACCACAAAUUCGACCUUAGGGACGAGACAUUGUUUCUAACUGUAACCCUGAUAGACAGAUUUUUAGCAAAGCAAACUGUAGAGAGAAAGAAGCUGCAGCUUGUUGGUUUGGUUGCUAUGCUCUUGGCUUCAAAAUAUGAGGAAGUUUUAGUUCCAAUCGUCGAUGAUUUGAUAUUUAUUUCAGACAAAGCUUACACAAGAAAAGAAGUCCUUCAAAUGGAAUGGUUGAUGCUCCACACAUUGCAGUUUACAAUGUCUCUUCCGACUGCACACGUUUUUAUUAGAAGAUUUCUCAAGGCUUCUCAGUCCGAUAAGAAGCUUGAGCUACUCUCUUUCUACUUGAUUGAGCUUUGCUUGGUGGAGUAUGAAAUGCUCAAAUAUUCGCCUUCGUUUUUGGCUGCUGCUGCAAUCUAUACAGCUCAAUGUACGCUUUUUGGCGUUGGACAAUGGUGUAAGACAUGCGAAUGGCAUACAAGCUAUUCAGAAGAUGAACUAAUGGAAUGUUCAAGAUUGAUCGUCGGGUUCCACCAGAAGGCAGCAACCGGGAAACUUACCGGGGUUUACAGAAAAUACAACACUUCGAAGUUAGGAUAUUCAGCAAAAUGUGAACCGGCACAUUUUCUUGUACAAAGUGUUCCAUAAUAAGCAGAGGGAGGGAGGGAGGAUGUACAGUUACUUGUACAGUAAUUGUGCUGAUUCUUGAUUCGAAAUUAGUGAUUCAAAUUUAAGGAAUUAAAGCAUAUCGUGGCUUUUACUGUGCAAAAGCCAUGGCCUUUAAAACAUAGAUUACGACAUUUUUAAUUGUACUUUACUUUCAUUCGAUGGCUAAUAAAAUUAAACAAGUUUUCCAUAA